CGAAAGGGAUAGUGAAUAAGAUACAGGAAAGAACCAAAAACAAAAAAAGCUCAGUCUCCCUCCCUUUCAAGUUUGGUUUCGUUUUUCUCAGUUUUCUUCUCAGUUCUCAGACAGUCCCGUUCUCAGCAAAUUCAUUCCAAACAAAUGGCAAGCAGCCUGGUCAAGGACGCGAGUCUGAUCGACCGCGUCUUCCGCACCUUCAUCAUGCGCACAACCUUCUUCAAGGAGGGCUGGGGCAGCAAGGAGGACAUGCACCGCAUCAUCAACCUCCGGCGCUUUGCCUUCUCCAGCCGCGAGAACUUUGCCUCGCUGCUGCCCGACGCGCUCCACCCGACCGUCCACAUUGACAAGGAGGAGCAGGUCGACAGCCGCACGCGCAUCCUCAAAGGCCACUUCCAGUCGCCGCUGGUCGGCCUCCUGCCCGGCCUGCUGCCAAAGGAGUCCGAGACGGCCCACUUUGAGCUCGUGCUGCCAGUUCGCAGAAGCGCAGUCCCGCCAGCGCCGUACAAAAAGUCGCUCGAGCGCGUCGUGCGCGGCCUCGCGACGCCAGACGAGACGGUCGGCUCGGUCGGAGGGGCGCCAGGCACCGCGGCCAGAUUCACGGACGGGUCCUUGCUCAAUCGAUGGGUGCACUCCAUGCUCAACAUGGCCAUCCAGGUCAACUCGGAGGCCGGCUCGGGCGGCCCGUUCUCGUCCAGCGCCCGUGCUUCUGCUGGCUCUUCUUCCGCUGCUGGCCCUUCUGCGCCGUUCUCAUCGGCCAUGCUCAACGAUUGGCUGGCGAACGUACCUGCAGCGCGUGCCGCUAUGGCGACCGCCUUGUCGCAGAUGGCGGCAGCAGGAUCAAAGCCGGAUAGCGCCGUGGACGACAUGGUGCAGCAGCUCUAUGCCGCAGGACCGCAGCCCAUACUCAUCCAACUUGCUGGGACUGGAGAUCACUACUUUUGGCGGCGACGCCACCUCCUGGCAAAGCCGUUGCUGCACGACAGCGGCAUUGGCUCAAUCAUUCUCGAGAAUCCCUUCUAUGGCCUGCGAAAGCCCGCGUACCAAUGGCGAUCGUCGCUGCUGCAUGUGACAGACCUGUUUCUCAUGGGAGUGGCUUUGAUCCUCGAAACAACGGUGCUCUUGCGCUGGUGCGAAGAAUCUGGCUAUGGGCAGUUGGGCAUGCAGGGGUUUUCCAUGGGCGGCCACAUGACGUCUCUCGCCGCGUCGGCCUAUCCCAAGCCGCUUGCCAUCAUCCCCUGUCUUUCUGCGAGCACUGCCUCCGCUGUCUUUGCCGAUGGUGUCAUGAGCAGCGCCUGUGCAUGGCCAGCGCUGACUGAGCAGCUCAAUCAACUUGAAGCCGAGUCUUUGUCCUUGCCUUCCAUGCCGCCAUCUUGCAAAGUCAAAGGAGUCCUUCGCCCAGAUCUUAGUCAAACCGCUGCUCAACGUGACGUGACGCAGAUGAUGCGCUACUUUAUGGACGAAGCGACGCACUUGUGCAACUUUUUCACGCCCGUUUCGACUGCCGCCACCGUCAUCGUCGUGGCGCGCAACGAUGCUUACAUUCCGCUACCAUAUGCUGAAGAGCUGUCUCACCUGUGGCCGGGCAGCGAGGUUCGCUACGUCGGUGGUGGUCACGUUUCGUCCUUCUUGUUGCGGCAGGGUGUGUUCAAGCAAGCCACAAUGGACGCGUUUGCUCGAUUGGCCAAGCUACAGCUCGAAGAAACGCAAGGACAAAAGACCAGCGCAAAAUCCAACUCGGUCUGAACCAAAAAAAAAAGAAAAAAACGUUUAAAGUCAGAUUUUGUUUCUCUUCUCUGUUGUCCUUCCUUUGUAAAUUAUUGAAUAGAUUGUUGUGAAUCGACCUGACU